AUGAUAUUGUGUUGUGACUAUAAAAACGGUUCCGGUCUCGAUAAAGAGGUCAAAUCUAAUCCGUUCUUUAUUGCGCUCUUAACGGAGUGCAGACGACGCGGCGCGACGCCCAUUCACAAGCGAAUCCCGGCCGCCGAUAAUCCCGGGCUCCUAAUGCGGCCCGCCUCAAAUCCCGGGCCACUGCAAUCCCGCUCUGGCGCCCGGCAGCAUCCGGUAGCCGGC